UCAACGUUGUUGUCUUUCCGAUCUCUUUUGCAAUCAACUGUUUGCAAACAUUGAAGAGUGUGAAUAAAGGAAGAAAAAGUAAAAACGAUACUUGGUCGAAAAGUUUACAAACAUAUGUUUACAACGUAUUCAAAACUGUCAGAGUGUAAACAAGAGUAUGUUUCCUCGGAAUCAAUCGAGGAGAUCACGGAAUCCGUAGACGAAUUGCGGGAGAAGCUCGCGCACAUGAGAAAACUCAUGGAGGCGCGGAACGUCUCGUCGCAGGACAAACAGAACGACAGAUCAAUAAGAAAAAGCGAAACCAUAAUAAUAGACGGCAGCUUCUUGUCCUGGAUCUUCGGAGUGGUUCUCGCGCUGAUUCUCAGCGUGAGCUUCUACGCCUUCUACAAUCUUUACACCGCGGUGAUGAAGAGGUUUCCACCUUAUCAUACAGAAUUGUAAACUGUGAACAAUAUACAAGAAGAAACAAGACAACAACAAUAAAAAAUCAAAGCAAGCUCAGAACAUUCGCGGAAAGAUAAUAUUAAUUCUAUUUAGUCUCUCACAAGAAACAAAAAUUCAUACUCGCAUAUAAAAAAACCUGACAUUUUUUUAUAUGAGUGAAUAAUUUUUAUCAAUUCUACAUUUUCAUCGAACGUUUUCUUCAUAACGACAACUACGGCACGAUCAGUUUUCUGUCUUUUUUUCUCAAACAGUUUGGUAAGUUGGGUAUAUUCCUCAAAUCGACUCGCAGUAUAGUGUCUAUUAUCGGCGGAUAUAUUUUUUUCAGAUAAUCACACACACACACACACAACAGCACUGUCAAUUGCGAAUUAUUAGAAAAUAAUUGGUCAUCGCCACUUUUUGCUUCUAAUUUUUAAUUUGUUGCAUGGAUGCAACAUGUAUUUCAAUAUCAUGCAGUAUAUAUUGUCAUUCAUAAAACACUAUAUUUUUUCUCUCUCUAAACCACAUGUGAAAAAACUAAGGAUGUGUACUAAACAAAUAUGUUUUUGAUGACAUUAUAUGUACUACAUAAUACAUAAUAAAUAUAUAACAAUUGUUGAAAUAUAAUUUAAAAACUUCGACAUAUCUCUUAUUGCUGUUAAUAUAAUUAUAAUAACAUGUAGUCUAGUGUGUGAGAGAAUAUAAACUUAUAAAUAAGUGAUAUAAGUAGAGAUGAUAGAAAAUACUUUUGUAUACAUUAUGAU